GUGGAGAAUAUACUGAGACCCUUGGAGGUGUCAGAUGAGAAAUAUCGUCAAGUGGUGGAACUUAUGGAAAAUGAUAUACACAAGGGAUUAAACCCAGAGACACAUGCUUCAGCCAAUAUAAAGUGUUUUCCUACCUAUGUCCGGACAGUUCCAGAUGGAACAGAAGAGGGAGAUUUCCUUGCUCUUGAUCUUGGUGGAACCAACUUCAGGGUACUGUUGAUUAAUCUGAAGGGUCAGGAGGUGACAAUGGAGAGCAAGAUUUUCAUUAUACCACAACAUAUAAUGUUAGGAUCUGGUGUACAGCUCUUUGACCACAUAGCAGAUUGUAUCUUCAAGUUCAUGUCGGACCACAAGCUUCACGAUCGCCAUCUACCUCUUGGGGCCAUUCUCACCACAUGGACGAAAGGUUUUAAGUGUGAGGGUGUUGAAGGACACGACAUUGUACAGCUGUUGCACGAGGCUAUUGCACGAAGGGGGGACAUGAAGAAUGUCAAGUGUUUGGCUGUCAUUAACGACACAGUAGGAGCUCUGAUGUCAUGUGCUCAUAGUGACCGACAGUGUGCUGUUGGUCUUAUUCUUGGUACUGGAACCAAUGCAUGUUAUAUUGAAGCUCUGGAUGAGGUCAAGACUUGGGAUGGAGACCACGAUGAACCUAAACAGGUACUCAUUAACACAGAAUGGGGAGCAUUUGGCAAUGAUGGAUGUUUGGAUUUUAUCUUGACAGACUUUGAUAGAUCCAUUGACAAGCACUCCAUUAACCCAGGGAAACAGAUCUAUGAAAAGAUGAUUUCCGGUAUGUACAUGGGGGAGAUUGCCCGUCUGGCUAUCGAGAGACUAAGGAAAGCCAAUCUGCUCUUUGAUGGAGAAGGAUCAUAUCAUUUGUCAACAAGGGGAAGGUUCUAUACAAAAUAUGUAUCAGAAAUUGAAGGGGAUGAUGUUAACAAUUUCACGGUGACGAAACAAAUCUUUGAGGAGCUGGAACUGGUGACACACAACGAACAGGACUACAGGCUGGUCAGAUAUGUUUGCAGUCUUGUGUCUAAAAGAGCUGCCUACUUGGCUUCAGCAGGUGUAGCCUGUCUACUGAACAGGAUAAAUAGGAAGGAGGUAACAAUAGGAGUUGAUGGAUCCUUGUAUCGGUUUCACCCAUUCUUCCAUGAUCUGAUGAUGGAGAAGACUAAGGUUUUGAUAAAGCCAGGUUUACAUUUUAAACUAAUGCUGUCACACGAUGGCAGUGGCAAGGGAGCAGCUCUGGUAGCCGCCGUUGCAGACAGACUUUUGCAGAAGAAACGCCAGUUGGCUAAGGAUGGUACUUCAGUGUAG